AGGAUAACAAAAUGGCCAAUCAUGCCACGGUCUAGCGAGAUAGUCGACUAUCACUUGUUAAAAUCAUCACUUCUCCCAUAUCUCUUCACCUGUAGUCUUCGACGGCUGCUUCUGAUAUUGAUGAGGACUCGAAUCUGUCGUAUUUUUCAGGACAGUUAGAGCGCACGACCGCGCCAGCUAUUCUGAGCGCAGACUCUAAACUAUAUCUACGGACUGCCAAAAUAUCUGACUAGUACUCAUCUCUGUCGAACUAACACACGGGAUUUCGGGCAUUUACCAUUGCAGUGGAACGCUAAGAUUGGGGCCGAAAACAUCAAACAUCAACUUUGUUUCGCAAGAUGCCAAAGAACUUCACCGAUUUGGGAGAACAGGAUUUGCUUAAGCAUUUUCCAGACUAUGGAGUGUUGGUUUGCAAGUCGUGCCAGUUCGCAAUUCAACCGAGUGCAUUGUCAAGUCACCUGCUUAGACAUCAAAUCUAUCGUAGCGAAAGACGACAGCUAAUAGAGCGACUAAAGGAACUUGGUCUGAGGGAACCAGAAAAAGUCACAUACCCAGGUCCAGACGCAAAGGCAAUAGCAGAGCUACCUGUAUAUAGGGGAUGGUUUUGCCAGUCGCCAGAUUGCGGACAUGCGUGUGCGUCGGAGAAACGUAUGGCUCAGCACUGGAGCGACCUCCAUGGUUCUCGUGAGGUUGCUGCAAGACCUGCCUGGCUACAAACAUUCUUCCGAGGAAAUAAGAUUCGAUAUUUUGAAGUUUCCGAACCGAUCAGCAUACCGAGCCCGCUACCUGAGGACGAGGACGAAAUCGGUCCAACUACGAUAUCAGAUUCUUUGGCGGACAGCGUCUCCAUUUCUGGCUCUUCAGUAUCAGAACUUGGGAGUUCCAGGUCAAACAUGGAAUCCAGUCAAAAUUUGGCUUAUACUAGUCUCCUGACAGCAACACAGCUCAACAUGUUAAACUUGCAGUUGAUGCACCACUGGUCAACUGUAACGUCUUACACAAUUGAUCGUGGCACAGAGCCACCGAACUUCUGGACGCAAAACAUCACCAUUCAAGCCAUAAACGGCAACAGCUUCCUCAUGUUUGGCUGCUUGAGCGCAGCGGCGUUUCAUCUCGCAUCAGAACACAGACACACCCCUAAAUUUUAUGAGUUUCGCAAAGUUGGAUUAGAAUACCAAGGCCACAGCAUGGCAGGAUUUAGACAGGCGCUGAGCGUCAAUGCGCAGCCAGAGGCCAGCAUAGCUUUCAAUCGUCUGUUGUGUCUGACACGCUGCGCCGAGCAUCACCUAGAUCCUGACAGCACCGACUCUGCAUUCAGGCCGGACGCAGAGGGGAAGAUAGCUCCCUUACUUGCUAUCCAGGAAUGCAUACUUCUUUUGCGUAAAACAACAGAAAUGUGGUGUGCGGUUCAGCCAGACUUACCAGACGAUUCAGGUCUAAGGCUGCCUAAAGAAGUCCUGAUCGGGCUUGAAAGCAUACCACUCGACGCUGUGAAUUAUUUUCUUGCUCCAUCCCCGACGCAAUAUCCAAAUAUCCCACCUGUUCUCCUUGAACAAAUACAGUCAAUACCUUCUCGACUCAGCACUGUACUACAUAACACCGACGAGACUAAUCUCGCAGCCAUUAGACAUGCCUAUACGUGUCUCCUCACGUGUUUCGAUCGUUCCUACAUAAGCAAAGAGAUCUGGGCGAAGUGGAACGGGGUGGAAGCGUGGCCGAAAAUGAUAUCAACGGAAUUCUUAGCCUUAAUAGAAUCGUGUCACCCGUGUGCACUCGUCCUAUUGGCUGCUUGGGCAUUACUCGUAAAGAGGCUAGAGGCCCACAAAUGGUUUUUGAAAGGAGAGACGAGAAGGAUGUUCAAGUUCCUUCGAGAAACGCUGGAAGAAGAGCUGAAAGAGCUGGUUGAUGAGAUUUCCGGUUUUACUGUGUAAAUCUGGAAGGAAUCGCUGGGCAGACGUGUCAACCCUAUGCGCAAAGCGUCUAACCUCAUGUUCAUGGAUAACUGUGGUGCCCUCACAGUACACGGAAAUGAUGUCAGAUUCAACCGGCCAUAUUACGACUCCGAAUGUAGGUCGAUUACAAAGGAGAUGCAGGGUAUCUCUACGUCACGACCACGCAACUAUCCCAACUGUCGAUCUCAUCAGCGAGCCAAUUCUACGAACUGAAAUCGUGGAAAUGGCUCGGUAAAUAUGGAGGCCAUCCGAAAGGAUAAGCUCACUUGGUC